UGGAAUGCUUGUUUACUCAUUAAACAUUUCCAGGGCUAAUAAUACCUCCAAGAUGAGUUUAUUUAACAAUACCUACCUACCACUUAUUUACAGCACUUUCCGUCAGUAUAUCUCAAAGCACUUUUCAAAGAAGUUAAGUAUCGUACCCCCAUUUUAUAGAUACAGAAUCUGAGGCACAGAGAGGAAUAGCUAGGUUGUUUUCAGUGGUGGCAGAUGACAGAACAAGGAGCUAUGGUCUCAAAUUGCAGUGGGGCAGGUCUAGGUUGGAUAUUAGGAAAAAUUAUUUCACUAGGAGGGUGAUGAAGCACUGGAAUGGGUUAACUAGGGAGGUGGUGGAAUCUCCAUCCUUAGAGGUUUUUAAGGCCCGGCUUGACAAAGCCCUGCCUGGGAUGAUUCAGUUGCAGUUGGUCCUGGUUUGAGCAGGAGAUUAGACUAGAUGACCUCUUAAAGUCUCUUUCAAUCCUAAUCUUCUAUGAUUUGCCCUAAAUCAUGCAGCAGGCCAGUGGCAGAGCUGGGAAAAGAAUCCAAAUCUUCUGAGUCCCAUCCAGCCCAGUGCUCUGUCUACUAACUAGAGCAUGCCUAAUUGCAAACACUUUGACUUCUGCAAUUAUUCAGCCCAGGAGAUAGCUUAUUACAACAGGGACAACAACUAAUGUCUAUUUGUUUAAUUUUAUAUUUAAAUGCACACAUGCUUACAUGUUUGCAAAGAUAAAGAAAACACCCCCAUGAAUGCAGAGCAUUUGGAGUGACAUUUUUUUUCCUCUGUAGCUAUUCACACAAUAACCUGUGUUUGGGCUAAAGUCCCUGGAACACGAAAAGGGCUGGAACUGGAAGGGUCUACAGCCGUUCGGGGGAGGGGAAUCAAAGAAAGUGAAAUGACUACAGCAGAAAGCCAAUGCUUUUCAGCAAUGUGUCCUUUUUUUGAGGGCUGUUAAGUUCUGUGACUGAAGGGGUUGUGUUUUCAGAAGAAAGAAGGCUAAAACAAAGAAGUGCUUAAAAUAUCCAUUCAUACCUGGAGUCACUAUUUGGGGGAAAAAUCCAUCUGGCAUAAGCCUUGCUAGGGGUGGGAAAAUGCCCCACUUAACAUGUCCAUCCUCCCUCCCUAACCUGAUUCUACUCAUUAUGGACUUUUAGUAGCAGGUAAUUAUAUUGUACAUGUAGUGUUCACUCCACAUAGCAAUUGUACACAACUAACAAACUGCAAUGUACUACUCAUAUUAAAUUCUACACUUCAGUGAACCAAGUUAUUGUUCAUUUCACUUGAUUAUAGAAGUUGCAUUGCUUUAAAUCUACAAAUUCGGGAGAUUGUCUUCAAUAUUGUUCAUCUGCACAGGAGCAAGAUGGAGCGUUCUCAUUGGCAAGCAGUAUUUUAACUGCAUAAUUUUAGUUUACGAUUGAAUGAGAUAGCUUGCUGAAAAACACCGUGCAGUAUACAUGUCUUCCGAGAAACAACUUUUUUCCCCCUUCUUGAGCAUGUAGGCAGCAACACAGUUGUAAAAUUCAAGUAGAUCUUCAUUAUCCAAACUGCCCCGUAUGGAUUUGUGGUGCUUUUCAGAGAUAAUACACAGCCUCUACUCCAAAGACUGUACAAUCUAAGGCCCUGGUCCUGCAUAGGGAUCUUCUUCAGGAAGUGCUUCAUUAGGACUUCAUGUAGGUACAAAACUCUGCAUCGGCCCAAUUCUACAGGUCUUUCUUGUGUAGUAGUCCUACCAAAAUCAAGGGCUUGCAGAUCAGGUCAAACAGAGGAGGAAGGAUCAGAGGGGAAAGUUAAAAAGUGAUUAGGAAAUAAGGAUACUUGUUGGUUGCAGUCUACAUUUACUACAUUUUUAAUAUCAUAUUGAAAAGCUGCAAUUGAUUUUUCAUAUUACUUGUUUUGAUAUAUUUCAUCUUGUUUCAUUAAGGCUCUUUGAUCACUUGAACUCUGUUUCAUGUUUGAAGUUUUGCAUAUCUGAUUAACUUGGCACAAGUAUACUAGGCAGCCUAGUUGGUUGGUGGGGGUGGUUCUUAUUUGUACUUAGGUGGAGUAGAAUGGAGGGGGUGUCAUUAUUUUUAGAUUUAGCCUAGGUCAACAGAAAGGAUUAAAAGGAAACAACCAUCAUAAUCAUGCAGUAAUUCUUACCCAUUACAAACCACAGAAUAUUAAAUGAAAUGUUUUGAAAUCCAUUUGCUGUCACUUUACUGGUGGACAAUGACAAUCAAAUCAAUUUCACUUUUGUUUAAUCAGUUUCAUUUUAAUGUUUUCAGUACUGCAAACUUAGUUUUAAAACAAUUUUACAGUGGAAUUUCUGAAUAAGUUGUUGAGUCAUUUUUAUAAGCUUUUAUGUUUAAAAGGAACUCAUUCUUACAAACUGGAAACUCUGAACCAAAUUUAAAUUGACACUGUUUAAUCUGUGACUGAAAUAGACUACAGGGUUUUCCCAAAAUCCUCCUUGAGAAUUUAAAUGCAGUCAUUACUGUACUACCUGCCCGAAAGUUAAAAAACAAACAACAAAACACUCCAAUUUCUAACACUGUACAAUUACCUAAAUAAUAGCAAGGAUAGGAGAGUAGUCAGGUCACUGUCUACUGGUGUUAUUGAUUGCUGUUGCCUGGACCUGCUCUGAGCAGAGCAGCUAGCCAGCAGUCAGUCUACACUAGUGCUCCACUCACUGAUGACAGUGAGACACUUCAUGAGGUAGGAGUGGAAUAGUCUAGGAGACACAGCCUAUUUGUUUUCCUUUAAAUGGACAACAGCUAGUAAGUAGCCGUUUAUUUUGCAGUUUGCUAGGGGUUCUUCACUUUUGAUCCUAAACCGUUUGAUUUUACAAAAGUAUAGGAUUUCUCCUUCAGCAGCCAGCUGCAUGGCAGUGACAGGGUAAAAGUAAUUAACCGAGCUUGUAAAGUACAGUCCUGUAGAUUUACUAUAGUCUCCCCCUCUUGUCUUACUUGUUGCACAGAUCCCAAAGCACCCUCCUCCUGCUAAGGUGCAUGUCUUCCGGUUAACACUUGUCUGUUGUUUUGGCCAGGGCGAGUCAUCCGGUUUAAAACACAGGGAUGCGUUACACUAAAACAGUAUCGCCGCAAGUGCUUUUUCUUCACUAUAAAUCAGAUGUAACUUCGUCAGAAAGCGUCAGACACUGAGCAGGAGGAUCGCUUGGGAGAGCGCUACUUGACCCCAGCAUUAGGAAUAAUAAAGGGAAGCGCCCACAGUCGCCUGCCAGCUGUGCCGAGCCAGGAGCUUGCGGACGAGAGGUGCGAGCUCUCGGGCCCUCUAGAAGAACAGGCUGGAGCCACGGUUGGCUCCGCCCGCCGGUGCGGCCGGGUUUCCAGGGGCGCGGCGGGAGCACCGAGCGAGCGCCCCGCAGCAGCCCCACGGGGGCGACUCACCCCGGCUCAGCCCUGGGGCGUGUUCCCCGGGGCGCUUGCAGCUCCGCCACGGCCCGUCACAGAGACCGGGAGAGAAGCGGGGUCACGAGCAUAGCAACCGUCCUCGUACGUCGUUUCCGCUCCGCAGGGGCAAAAGAAAGGACCUGGAAAGAAUGACAGCUUCCUCCCUAGUCGCUGUCGGCUCGGGUCUUCCGCAAGAAGCAGGGAUAGGCUGGGAGGGCUAGGGGGCGUGCCCUGCGGCCCAGCGAUAGGCUGUUUAUGGUAAAGGGCAGGGCCUCGGUGCCAGACGCUCUCCAGUAGGCUGUCCGGGUUGAAGGGGCGUGUCCCCAGUGCUAGGCGCGGUAUGAUAGGCUGCUUAGCAUGAGAGGGUGAGUCCCGGCGGCAGCAGCCUCCAGGGGCUGAGGUCCGUCUCGGCGGUAGCGGCGGAAGUCUCGCGAGGGAGCGUAGCCGGGAUUUGGCGGCUGGCUGCCUCCCUCUCGCUGGCUGCGAGGAGCUGCCUGGUGUUUGUGUGGAAGGGGGAGGAGGAGAAGGAAGGGAAGCGAGAGGAGCCCGAGCCCCUUCGCCUGCCCGCUGAGGGGAGCGGACCGGACCCCCCGCCCGCUCGUCCCCUCCCUCGCCCCGCCAUGGCCUCGGGAGACACCCUCUACAUCGCCACGGACGGCUCGGAGAUGCCGGCCGAGAUCGUGGAGCUGCACGAGAUCGAGGUGGAGACCAUCCCAGUGGAGACCAUCGAGACGACCGUGGUGGGCGGCGAGGAGGACGAAGACGAGGAGGAUGAGGAUGAAUGCUGCGAGGAGUGCGGCCCACACCACCCGCCCCAUCACUACCACCACCACCACCAGCCCAUGAUCGCGCUGCAGCCGCUCGUCUCGGACGGAGACCCCAGUGGAGCAGGCGGCGGCGCGGGCGGCGGCGGUGGGGGUCAGCUCCACCUGCACCAUCACCAGGAGGUGAUCCUGGUGCAGACCCGUGAGGAGGUGGUGGGGGGAGACGACUCGGACGGGCUGCGGGCCGACGACGGUUUCGAGGACCAGAUCCUCAUCCCGGUGCCGGCCCCCGCCGGGGAGGACGAGUAUAUCGAGCAGACCCUGGUCACCGUGGCCGCCGCCGGCAGCAAGAGCGGUGGGGGCGGCGGCUCGUCCUCGGCCGGAGGCCGCGUCAAGAAGGGCGGCAGCGGAAAGAAAAGCAGCAAGAAGAGUUACCUGAGCGGGGGAGGCGGCGGUGGGGCCGAAGGCGGCGGAGGCAGGAAAUGGGAGCAGAAGCAGGUGCAGAUCAAGACCCUGGAGGGGGAGUUCUCGGUCACCAUGUGGGCCUCGGAUGAUAAAAAAGAUAUUGACCAUGAAACAGUGGUGGAAGAACAGAUCAUUGGCGAGAACUCUCCACCUGAUUACUCAGAGUACAUGACAGGAAAGAAACUUCCUCCUGGAGGAAUACCAGGCAUUGACCUUUCAGACCCCAAGCAGCUAGCUGAAUUUGCUAGAAUGAAGCCACGAAAAAUUAAAGAAGAUGAUGCUCCAAGAACGAUAGCAUGUCCUCACAAAGAACAGGAAACAGACAAAGAAAGAAGAAAGAGGGACAGUAGGAGAUGGACAGAGACAGACAUCACUUGCACAAAGAAUAUGGGGCCCACCAAAGGGCUGCACAAAAAUGUUCAGGGACAACUCUGCUAUGAGGAAGCAUCUGCACACUCAUGGUCCUCGAGUACAUGUAUGUGCAGAAUGUGGCAAGGCCUUUGUGGAGAGUUCCAAAUUAAAGCGACAUCAGCUAGUUCAUACUGGAGAGAAGCCCUUUCAGUGCACGUUUGAAGGAUGUGGAAAGCGAUUUUCACUGGACUUCAAUUUACGCACACAUGUGCGAAUUCACACUGGCGACAGGCCCUAUGUGUGCCCGUUUGACGGCUGUAAUAAGAAGUUUGCUCAAUCAACUAACCUGAAAUCUCACAUCUUAACACAUGCUAAGGCCAAAAACAACCAGUGAAAGUAAGCGAGAAGAAAGCUCUUGAACUCUCAAAGCAUCUUACAGGAGUAUGGGAAUAAAUAUGCCUCCCCUUUGUAUAUUGUUUCUAGGAAAGAAUUUUAAAAAAAGAACCCUACCCACCUAAAGGACAUGUUUUGAUAAAGUAGUAAAUAAAUAAAAACUUUAAGAUGACGUUGCUAAGAUGCUCUACCUUGCUCUGUAAUCCAGUUUCAAGAACACGGUGUUUUGUAAAGUGUGCUCCCAACAGGAGGGGACAAUUGAUGAACUUGCAUCAAAAAGAGACAAUUCUUUAUACAACAGUGCUAAAAUUGGACUUCUUUUCACAUUCUUAUAAAUAUGAAGCUCACCUGUUGCUUACAAUUUUUUUAAUUUUGUAUUUUCCAAGUGUGCAUAUUGUACACUUUUUGGGGAUAUGCUUAGUAAUGCUAUGUGUGAUUUUUCUGGAGGUUGAUAACUUUGCUUGCAGUAGAUUUUCUUUAAAAGAAUGGGCAGUUACAUGCAUACUUCAAAAGUAUUUUCCUGUAAAGAAAAAAGUUAUAUAGGUUUUGUUUGCUAUCUUAAUUUUGGUUGUAUUCUUUGAUGUUAACACAUUUUUGUAUAAUUGUAUCGUAUAGCUGUAAUGAAAUCAUGUAGUAUCAAAUAUUAGAUGUGAUUUAAUAGUGUUAAUCAAUUUAAACCCAUUUUAGUCACUUUUUUUGGAAAAAUACUGCCAGAUGCUGAUGUUCAGUGUAAUUUCUCUUUGCCUGUUCAGUUACGGAAAGUGGUGCUCAGUUGUAGAAUGUAUUGUACAGGCACUGACCUUUUAUUAACACCUGAUAAUAUGUACAACCCAUGUAAUAGAAAGGACAACAAUAAAACAGUGGUCCUAAAGAAA